AAUUUGUGCUUGCACGCGGGAACAACCUAAAAGAAACACUAAAUAGAAGAAAAAGCGGGAGGAGAUUAGCUGAUAAACUGCAAUGUCUUCUCAAGAUUCACUCCCAAAAUGGACUUCCAAGCCUUGUGUAAUGGGCAUAGAUGAAGCUGGUCGAGGCCCUGUUUUAGGUCCAAUGGUGUAUGGAUGUUUGUACUGCGCCAGUUCCUAUUUGAAACAACUUUCGUCUUUGAAUUUUGCAGACUCGAAAACUUUGAAAGAAGAGAAGAGGGAGGAAUUGUUUGAAGAUUUGAAGGCUAAUGAGUCAAUUGGAUGGGCUGUUGAUGUCAUUGAUCCUCGAGAACUUUCUUCGAAGAUGCUAAAUAAAGUAAAGAUCAACCUAAAUGAAAUAUCACAUGACUCUGCGAUGGGUCUGGUCACCAAGGUUCUAAGCAUGGGAGUUCUUUUAACUGAGGUUUAUGUGGAUACUGUUGGAGAUCCUGAAAAGUACAGGAUCAAGUUGUCUGAAAAAUUUCCUAAUAUAAAAUUUGUAGUUGCAAAGAAAGCUGAUAGCUUGUAUCCUGUUGUCAGUGGGGCAAGCAUAGUCGCAAAGGUCACAAGAGAUCGUGCAUUGCGGGAAUGGGCAUUGGAGGAAACAGCUGAAAACAUGCAUAGAAACUUUGGUUCUGGAUACCCUGGAGAUCCAACAACUAAAUGUUGGUUAGAAGAUCACAAGCACUCGGUAUUUGGGUUCCCUACACUAGUCCGCUUCAGUUGGGGUACCUGCACUUCAUAUUUCAAAGACGUUGUUGAAGUAUCAUGGGAGUCGGAUAAAGUGGAUGAAGAUGGGGCAACGGGUGGGAGUGGUAAGAAACAAUUAAGAUUAAGCAAUGUUGGCAUCACCACAUCCAAGAGAAAGAGUGAAGAAAUUGAAUCAAGUGGCAAAGGACGGUGCAAGUUUUUCCAGGCUAGAAAACUUGAACAACUCUCUCGUUUUUGAAUGUUUGAUUACAUUCUCCAAUUGUUAAAGAUUAACUAAGUAGCUUAUAACCAUUACUUUGGCUGUGUACCAACUGGUUAUUGUGCUUGGAAAACUCUUUCUUAAUGAUGUGUAACAGUUACUUUGUAAUCGCCUAAAAGUAGAAUGCUGUUAUACAUUUCUCUUUUAUCUUUUUUCCCA